GCCUAUUGCCAGCUGCUUCCCCUCUUCCUCUCCCAGGGCCUGAGAUAAUCAAACACACCUCUCCUGCACCAUUCUAUCUCCACCCCCAAAAUCCCCACCAGCUUCUCUUGCAUGAACCCCCUCUCUGCUGCUCUUGACUUUCCAAUCCAAGAGUGCUCUGCUCUUAUCCUGACUUCCUAUUGGCCUCUACUUCCUUCUGCCCUGAGGGGGACCACUCACCCCUUGUUCCCACUUCAUUUUCGAUUAGCCAAAAUUAGUGAUUUUUUUAAAAAAAUAUAUAAUUGUAAAUUCCGUUUUAGUUUCUAAAACUUUUGUUUGUUUAAAAAAAAACCCUUUAAAAAACAAAUUAGUUUCUGGUGGGAGUGCGUGCUGGGUGGAAGAUGAAUACGGCUGCUAGUAGCUACCCGAUGGCGUCACUGUAUGUGGGCGACCUGCACCCUGAUGUCACUGAGGCCAUGUUGUAUGAGAAGUUCAGCCCUGCUGGGCCUGUACUCUCCAUCCGAGUCUGCAGGGAUAUGAUCACCCGUCGCUCCCUGGGAUAUGCCUAUGUCAACUUCCAGCAGCCAGCUGAUGCUGAGCGUGCUCUAGACACCAUGAACUUUGAUGUGAUCAAAGGCAAACCCAUCCGCAUUAUGUGGUCUCAGCGGGACCCCUCUCUGAGGAAGUCGGGGGUUGGGAAUGUCUUCAUCAAGAAUCUGGACAAAUCCAUAGACAACAAGGCACUUUAUGACACAUUCUCAGCAUUUGGGAAUAUCUUGUCCUGCAAGGUGGUGUGUGAUGAGAAUGGCUCUAAGGGCUACGCAUUUGUGCACUUUGAGACCCAAGAUGCUGCAGACAGAGCCAUCGAGAAGAUGAAUGGCAUGCUGCUAAACGACCGCAAAGUAUUUGUUGGGAGAUUCAAGUCCCGUAAGGAGCGGGAGGCGGAGCUGGGAGCCAAAGCAAAGGAAUUCACCAAUGUUUAUAUUAAAAAUUUUGGGGAUGACAUGGAUGAUGAGAGACUAAAGGAGCUCUUCAGCAAAUAUGGCAAGACACUGAGUGUCAAGGUGAUGACAGAUCCCACUGGAAAGUCCAAAGGCUUUGGGUUCGUGAGCUUCGAAAAACAUGAAGAUGCCAACAAGGCAGUGGAAGAAAUGAAUGGAAAGGAUAUUAAUGGAAAAAUGGUAUUUGUAGGCCGGGCACAGAAGAAAGUAGAGCGCCAGGCAGAGCUGAAACGGAAGUUUGAGCAGCUGAAACAAGAGAGAAUCAGUCGGUACCAGGGUGUUAAUCUGUACAUUAAGAACCUAGAUGACACUAUUGAUGAUGAAAAACUGAGGAAGGAGUUUUCGCCUUUUGGGUCUAUUACAAGUGCCAAGGUGAUGCUGGAGGAUGGACGAAGCAAAGGGUUUGGCUUCGUCUGUUUUUCCUCUCCAGAAGAAGCUACCAAAGCCGUGACUGAGAUGAAUGGGCGUAUCGUGGGCUCCAAGCCAUUGUAUGUCGCACUGGCACAGAGGAAAGAGGAGCGAAAGGCCCACCUCACUAAUCAGUAUAUGCAGCGCAUUGCUGGAAUGAGAGCCCUGCCUGCGAACACAAUCAUUAACCAGUUCCAGCCAGCUGCUGGGGGGUACUUCAUGCCUGCUGUGCCCCAGGCUCAGAGCAGACCCACUUACUAUGCACCCAAUCAGAUGACGCAGAUGAGACCUAACCCACGCUGGCAGCAAGGGGGGAGACCUCACCCUGGCUCAAAGCUGGUGAUUUACCUUCCCUCUUUGUCAUUAAUGCUGCAAAGCACCUCAGAGCACGCUACAAAGACCAUCUGUUUGACCUUUGCUUUCCUAGGAGAACGUUUGUUCCCCCUGAUCCAAGCUAUGCACCCCAGCCUUGCGGGGAAGAUCACAGGAAUGCUACUAGAGAUUGACAAUUCCGAACUACUGCACAUGCUGGAGUCUCCAGAAUCCCUCCGGUCAAAGGUGGAGGAGGCUGUUGCAGUGUUGCAGGCUCACCAAGCCAAGAAGGAAGCUGCCCAGAAGGUGGGCGUGGUUGCUGCUACCUCUUAAACCAGGAAGACUGGAUGCAAAGAAGCCAAAUAGCCCCUUCACGGACAUCAGUUCAAGAUGUUUGGAGAUACCCUUCGCUGUCCUGCAGAUCUCAACACCAUGCAACAUAUCACAUAGCUAUACUGUAUUUUGUAAAUUAAUCUUUAAAAAUCUUGUUUAAAAAGUCAAUUCCAUGACACUUUAGGUUUCCAAGACCAGGAUUAAGUUUGCAAGCUUUUCCUUUGUGGCCAGGACAGAGCUAAUCUUUGUCUUUUGUAAGCAGGACGUUGAGGAUUUCUGACUGGAAGUUUUUUGUGGGUUUGGUUUUUAACUGAACAAUCCAGUUUGCGAAGUCUGGAAAGCCUUUAUCAAUAAAGGAAGAAAACCUUUCAUUAAA